AACACAACACAGAGUUUAACAAUCAAUACAAUACCUCUUCGUUUUGCAUUACCUGUGCGUCCAGUCAUAUGACUGACCCAUACAUGUGACUCAUAAUGUGUGACCUUUACAUACAUGCUUUAAUCCCAUUAUAGGUCUCCCCCUAUAAUACCUGUUCCGUACAGACAGUCAGUGUGUGAUUGAGUGAAGUAUAAGACACAUGACAUUAGAGGUCCAAACAUCACAUCUCAGUGUUUGAUCCGCACUUCUUGUGUCCCAAAUGUUUGCGCCGACGAUAACAGCGAUGAACCGAUUGAUUGGUCGGACGGAUAGCCCCUCCGCACACGUGACCCAACCCAAGGCUCCCGAAGACGUGGACAUUAAUCAGGGAUAUUAUGUCCACUCGACUAAACUCGGCGAAGGCGGCUUCGGAACCGUACGACUGGCCACUCAUUACAAGACUAAUCAGAAGGUGGCCAUCAAGAAGAUGAACAAAUUGAAGUUAGGGGGCGAUCUGUUCCGCGUCAAGACAGAGAUCAGCGCUUUGAAAGUGUUGAAUCACGACAAUAUCGCCCAACUAUUGCAAGUGAUUGAAACUCAAGACACUAUCUAUUUAGUUCUGGAGGUAACUGAUCCCUACAUCUUAGUUAUUGAAUGUUGA